GUUGUUGUUGAUAACGUCACGGCGAUUUUUCAAGAGCGAGACACGCAUCGUCUCUUGUUUUUCUCAAGCGCACAGCCACGGCUCUUUUGGAGAGGCUUUGGCUGGCUGAUACGACCGCGAUUGGCCCUCUCGCAGCUUACCCGCAUUUCACUCAACCCGAGAGACAUUCCGCAUUCCAACAACUUUCAAUCAAUCAUCCAUCAAUAUGGCGCCGGCGCUGGAGAGUGCCGGACAGGCCCUCACCGGCACGCAGACUGUUGAUGUUAUCGACACCGAUGUCUUCCCCAGCUCUGCGGAUGGCCCUCUCGCUGAGGGAGCGCGCAUCUUUGCUCGCCUCGCCAAACGAACCAACGACCCGUCCAAAGGCGUUCUCGACCCCCAUGACAUCAACAAUGCCGGCUUCUUCUUCCUUUUCGCGCUCAUCGGCGUUGCCUUUGUCGUAACGGGCAUCUGGUUCUUCUUCUGGGCCAAGAACGGCGGCAUCCACUUCAAGGACGACGAUUGGGACGACUACAAAUCCACGGUUAUGCGUCGCAAGGGACCCAAUGGAACGAUUCUCUCCAACGCUACCCGCUCGACGAAUCUGGGCGGUGGAAGUGUCUACAAGCGCUACGACGACCACGAGGAUGACGGCCACACUGUAAUCACGGAAAGCACUGCUCUGAGCGGCAUCACUGCCGGUGCGAGUGAUAUCUUUGCUCGCGAGAAGCGCAAGAAGAAGAGGGAAGCCCGAGAGGCCGAGCGCAAAAAGCGACGCGGCGAAAAGGGCAAAAGCACCAGCUCCAACGAAUUCGAGGGCGUCGUGGACGAAAAGGCAGAGCGAGAUGCCAAGAAGUUCCUGCGCAAUUACCGUCACGAAAAGCCCGCCCGCGUUGGCGGAAUCAACAAAGAGGCCGAAGGCUCAGAGUGGGAAGGAUCUACAAACGCGGCUGAAUCUUCUGUUGGCGCAACCUCCGAACUACUUGCCAACCAGGAACCCACGCCUACUUCGGAUCCUCCUCCCAAGUCUGAACCUCCCAAGACCAGGAGCGGUGGUAUCCGAAAGGUGUACUCGACUGCGGACCGUAGAGAGAACAGGGAAUCCGAGAGAAUGCGUGCCGAGGCUCGACGACUGCGCGCGGCUGACAAGGUGGCCCAACGAGACUUUGCCUACCAGCGAGCUACCGGCACGGCGACAGACAGCCAGUUGAGCGAGAGUCUGCUGUCUGGCACGGCUAGCGGCAGCGGUGGCUCGACUACUCUUGGCGAGAGCAUCCCCGAGGAGGGCGAGAGUGAGGUCGGCACCAAGAGCUACCACCACCCGUUGCCUGAGCUGAAGGAGCAGAGGAGGAGGGAGAGAGAGGAGCGCAGGGCGAGACGAACCAAGAGCGGUUAUCGACGCACAAACACCGACGACAACUCCGAAAUUUGAAAAGAGGAAAAAUAGUUGUUGUCAUGAUGAUGGGACGUCUUUACGUGAGGGUUGGCAAAUGUGGAAUAAUUGAAUGCUUUUUGGCUCGCUGUCGUUAUGGGUUGCUUUUUUGAUGAGGAUUUUGGGAGGUGGGUGGUAUGAAAUGCCUCUUUUGUCUUUCCUUCUUUUGUUUUAUGCGGAUCGGACACGGCUGUUAUAUGUGACGUAACGAUGAAUGGGAGCUGUGGUUUGAGAUAUAUAGUUAUUCCCCCAGUUUUAUAAAUAAACAAUGAUUACACCCCAAGUAUUUGUUUGC